GAUAUUGGCAAGGUUGUAUUCAACUCCUUGUAAUGUUAGGGCUUCGUACAGAAGCUUUGAAACUGUCUCUUCAACUCGGUGACAUUUCGUUGUUGAAUAGCGUCCAGAUUUGGGGUAUGUUGUUAAAAUGACAAAUUGAAUGCUAAUCGGAAAAUUGAGUGUUUUAAAAUCACGUUUUGAUUAAGAGGCAUUUUUUCAAUGUCGCAUAUUUGCGACGAAAAGCGUUCAAAACAACAUUGUUUUAGCUUUAUUUUCUAGUAUACAGUUAUACUCACUGUUUUGGCAAGGCAAGGAUUCUAACUAAGUUCACGUAAACUAUCCAGCUAAUUCAAAAAAGGUUGUGCUUUGCAAACCGUAAAUUCUAAGCGUGCAAAGCAUAAUGGCAGCAUCAUUUAAUCAGUUUAGAAAUCAUAUAUGGGGACCAUUUCUUAGAGAUAUGGUAAUAAAAUAUCUCCUUACGAGAAUAAUUCAUUCACAAAUAGCUGCUUUAAGCGUUUAGAGUUUGAAGUUUAACUUUAAGGUUUACAGUUUACUGUUUGCAAAGGACAACCUUUUUUCAGUUGGCUGUAUAUGUAUAUCAAAAUGAGUAAUCUACAUAAGCCGCCUGAAAUGCUAAACAUUUCUCAAAUAUUACCAGUUUUCUCGCGUUUUCACGGGAUGCAGUUUGAAAACAGAAAUCGUAAAAUACUCCUAUAUCCAUGCAGAGAACGUGUUUUAUUCUCUGAAUAGUUCAAACUAAAUGUUUUACACACGCCAUUCUAUUCUGUUUGUCCACAGGUUGGCUUCCACAAUCUCUAUUGGAAUGGAGGUUUGGAUUGGAAUACCUAGCCAGCUUUCAACUAAGUUCUGACCGCGAAAAGGUCAAGAAGGAUAUUUAUUCUGCAAGAUGUGAAACAGACAUAAAUAAUGAUCAAGAAGCCACAGGUUUUUGCGAGGAAAAUGGGGUUAAAACUAACGAAAAGGAAGAUAUUACGUUGAAAUCUGAGAACGAAAGUGCCCUAGAAUCUAAUUUAGAGAAUGACACAUUAAAAUCGGUAGCAUCAUUUUCCGGCAAGGUGUCUGUGAAGGAGAAUUUUAACAGUUUUGAGCCACAUACGUGUAUGAAGUCCACGGUAUCUGCAGGACACAGGAGUUUGCAUAUAGAUCUAAAGUCUUACGCACUUAUUAUGUUACAAAAGCUUGGAGCACAACAAGCACUAAAAACUAUUUCGGAUACGCAGCUUGAGAAGGUUUUCUUUAUGCAAGAGUUCUACUACAAGUGCAUUCUUAGUUCACAACUGGAAAAUCACCAAAGGUUAGUCACAGGUUAUUUAUUAUAGUUUUUUUCAAACACUAAUGUUUGUUAAAGUGCA